AUGUCCUCUCGAAAAGCAGCCGACGAUGUCGAUAAGAUGUUGCAAGUUGACCUGGCAUCAAUGUUCGAUGAGCGCGAAAGACCAGGAAACCGCGACAAGAAGAUUAGACCCAGACGGAUUUUGAUUCGAGGGCGUGCAGGAGUUGGAAAGACUACCCUAUGCAAGAAGAUGGUGUAUGACUAUAUCAAUUCCGGCAUGUGGAACUCAUUAUUUGACCGAGUGUUAUGGAUUCCAUUGAGAAAUCUCAAGGGUCGACAAGGUACGGAGUACAACCUCAAAGGCUUGUUUUACGAUGAGUUCUUCUCUCAAAUCCGUGAUGGGGAGAAACUGGCCGGUCAGCUAUGGGAAGUUAUAGAUGGUAAAACGUUGUUCAUUCUGGAUGGUAUGGAUGAAGUGUCUCAACUACUGGGCGGCGAUGGAGAUAUGACAACAUUUCUCACCAAUCUCUUGAACCAGGACAGUGUUGUUAUCACGUCUAGACCAAGUGUUAGUCUUCCUCCAGCCACCACAGUUGACCUUGAGUUGGAAACCAUCGGUUUCUCUCAAAAGCAGGUCGAAGCGUAUCUGAGGGCGGAUCCCGAGUACAUGCCUAGGGCCGAUAAGAUCCAAUCUUUGCUCCAAAGGAAUUGGCUACUCAGGAGUCUCGUCCGGAUUCCGAUUCAGCUAGACGCACUUUGUUUCAUCUGGGAGGACGUUGACCCAGACAAAGCACCGGAGACCAUGACCGGUAUCUACAGUGAAAUUGCACAGAAGCUAUGGACCAAGGACCUUGUAAGAAUCGGAAAAGGCUCUCCAGGCUACGCUCCACCCUUAAAGGCUGAAAUUGAGAACGAAGUGGAGAAUGAGAUUGCGCUUCUCGAGUAUCUAGCAUUCAAUGGCUUAUGCAACGACAUGAUAGAUUUCUCGCGAGAUGAUCUUCAUAACGCCUUUUAUAAAAUGAGGAGAGAGAACCCAGAAUACAAACUUAUUUCAAGAGUCGGCGAUUUGCUUGCUGAUCUGUCAUUCAUGCGAUCGUCGGACCCAUCACAACCGCAAAAACAACAGACCUUUCAUUUUAUCCACCUCACAUAUCAAGAGUACUUUGCGGCGAGGUGGUUUAAGCGCCGCUGGGAAAAAUACCAACCACUUCUUGUUCAACUCCCUGGUGGCUCUACCCAAUUGACCUUCUGGGCGCCACACAUCAUCGACUACUCAUGCAUUGUUUGGCUGAGGUAG